AUAUUUUUAUUAUCAACUAGUAUAUUUUGUGAAGCUGUUUGGACGAAUGUGUUUGACGUCAAAGAGGAAACGGAAAGAAAUGCGAGAAAAUGUUGGGUAAAAGUGAAACUCGGUGAUCCAAACUAAAACUGGAGAAAUUAUAUAGUGUGAAGGGAAGAAAAUUUGGUGGAUUAUUCACGUUGCCUGUGGGAAGGUCACGAUCAUCAGUAACCACUGCGUUGGUAGAUGGUUAAUUGAAAGUGGGGAACUUCUAAGAAGCUUGAUCAUACAGGUCAACACGUACACACAAUACGAAAGAAAAAGGAGAACACGUACGACAAGAUAGUUCAAAGGGAUCAUUCGUAUACUACAUUUGUUUGAAAAAACCUACGAAUGGAGCACGGGUGCGUCCACGAGAUGAAUUUUUGCGCACGAAUGGAGUACUGUUGUUAUUGUUGUGCAUAUUGAUUUUUAACGCGCGAGCCAUAAUCUUGACAUUUAUUCUGUGUUACUAAAAGAUUGAAAUAUGAGUAGUACGGUGACAACGGAACCAUCUACAUCUCUUAGCGAUAUGAUGUCUACAACUGCAAUUCCUGAGAAAGCAGCUCCAAUAUUCUUACAAACACGAGCGGCACAAGGUAUUGCUGGUGCAUUUGUUUGGGUCGCAUUAUUCAUAACUUGUCAACAGAUCUACCAGCAUUUAAGGUGGUAUACUAAUCCCACAGAACAAAGAUGGAUAGUGAGAAUUCUGUUUAUAGUUCCAAUUUAUGCAACAUAUUCUUGGGUGUCUCUACUAUUUUUCAACAGUGAAAGUUAUUAUGUUUACUUUUUUACUGUACGGGACUGUUACGAAGCAUUUGUUAUAUAUAACUUCUUGUCUCUAUGCUACGAGUACCUGGGUGGUGAAGGAAAUAUUAUGUCUGAAAUACGUGGCAAACCUAUUCGUUCUAAUUGUUUAUAUGGAACAUGCUGUUUGGUUGGAAAAACAUAUACAAUUGGUUUUCUUAGAUUUUGCAAACAAGCUACUUUGCAAUUUUGCUUGGUAAAACCAGUAAUGGCAUUUGUCAUUAUAUUCCUUCAAGCAUUUGGUCAUUAUAGAGAUGGAGAUUGGUCCCCAGAUGGAGGCUAUAUUUAUAUAACUAUAAUUUAUAAUAUCAGUGUAUCUCUUGCACUUUAUGGACUUUUUCUCUUUUAUUUUGCUACAAGAGACCUGUUAACACCAUUUGAACCUGUCUUAAAAUUUUGUACUGUUAAAAGUGUUAUCUUCCUCUCAUUUUGGCAAGGGGUGUUAUUGGCUAUUCUUGAGAAAGCAAAUGUAAUUUCUCCUAUAAGUUUAGAUCAAUCAACUAGUGCGGGCACAGUUUCUGCUGGUUAUCAAAACUUUUUGAUUUGCAUUGAAAUGUUAUUUGCUGCUAUAGCUUUACGCUAUGCGUUUCCAUAUCAAGUGUAUUCAGCUGGUUGUGUUACGGAUUCAAGAGGAAGAAGUGUAACGAUGCAAAGUAUCAGUAGCAGUUUAAAAGAAACCAUGAAUCCAAAAGAUAUAAUGACUGAUGCCAUCCACAACUUCCAUCCACAGUAUCAACAAUAUACGCAAUAUAGUUCUGGAGCUCCUAAAGGACAACGUGGUAUGCGGAUAUCCAGCUUCGAUCCAGAUGAUCCACAGAAUAUGCCAAUACCACCGCCUCAAAGACGGCAUACUUCUCAUCAACGUGUUGCUACAAUCUCUCAAAAUUAUAAUGAGAAAACAAUGCUGUUGAGCAGUGAUGAUGAGUUCCAGUAGAUAUAAACAAUAGAUAUUGUGUACAAAAUAAAGCAAAAGAGAAAGAGACAAAAAGGAACAUUAAUGUUGGACUUCCGUGAAUCUAAUUUCAAGAAAACGCUAUGUAUACCGUUAAUUGAUUAUACGUCAUUAGGUAGGAACUUAACUCGCUCACAGAACAAACAACAAAUAAACAAACAAAUUCGGUGAUGCAAAAUUGUGCAUCACAAUAUAAUAGUUCCAUGUUACAUUCAUGUUAAUACAUGUAUUAUGUUACAUCAUGUAAACAUAGCAUAGAAGAUAUUUAUUUUAAUAUGCUGAACAUGUUUAAAGCAGUGUUACCUAUAGAGGUGGCUCUAUUAUCAUAACAAUCAUCUUUAUUUUAAAACACAACUUACGUUUUUCAGAGAAAAGCAUUGUACAGUACUUAAUAUUUAAAUACUCACAAAUAUGUUGCUGCAUUAUUUACUGUAGUCAAACAAUAUUUUUACACUUUGAACAAAAACACUAUGUAUAUGUUUAUACAUCAGUAUUUCUAAUUCAUAUGAGAUUAAUGUAAUUUUGCCAGUGAAAAAUACUUAUUUUAUAAAAUACACUAAGAAAAAUACUUCUAAUUAUUGCACGCGUCCGGGAUAUAUAUAUAUAUAUAUGUAUAUAUUAUAAAUAUUCAUAUAUUUAUAUAUAUGUAUAUAUAUAAAACUGAGCCACAAAAAUCUUUGCGUCCUAGAUUAAAAAAUUAAUGAGUGUAUAUAUCGUUAAAAUAGAAUGUAUUUAAUAAUUUAAAAAUUAAAGAAUAUUCCUUCGAUGUAUUUGUUUUAUUUGCAUAUAAUUAUUGACUACUUAUUGUUGAUAUUUAUCUUACUGAUUUUAUAUACAUAAGUAUUUCAUAUUUAAUACCUGUCACAUGUCGUAUUUUCUUAGGUAUUUUAGGAAAUGAAAACAAACAUUAAUCGAAAUCUUAAUUGAACUUUAUUUUCUAUACAAGAGAGUAAAUUGUGUAUAUAUGAAUUUUUAUGGAGGGGACAUACUAUUCUGCUCAACAAAAUAACAAUACAAUUUAUUUGUCAAAAUAAAUCAUUAUUUCAUACAA